GGCACCAUCUCAAUCAGGAAGUGGAGAAAACAACUAAGAAGAAUAAGUUGGAUAAAAUCCCGUAUUUCUGUUACUUUGACGCGAGUCUUCGUUCAGAAUCGGUCCGUGUGAUCGGGGUUUGGAUUGAGAAUAAGAAACAUACUGACGGUCAUGGAAAGCAUUUGCCCCUGUUAGAAGUGCUAUCUCAGACACAGCCAGCAGUUGGGUGGCGGUCGGAGGGUACAUAGCCUAAGUCAGCUGGUGGUCAUGUGUGAAGCUGUGGUCUGAUGCCCACCCUCCCCUCAGCGCUGGCCAUGGACGGGGAGAACUACCUGCAUCCAGAAGGCCCUCAGCUGGACAGCAGCUUGUUCUCUGUGGCCCCCUCUAACAUGGAGAGUUCAAUAUAUGCCUCUGGUUCCUGGGGAUCCUACUCUCAGCAGGCUGGAUACAGCAUACACUGCCCUAUGCAAUCUGGAAACCAGCAAUACCACUUGAACAGCAGCACUACCACCACCACUCCGGAUGUGCACAUGGACAUAUACUCGGGAUUCUCUGACAUGGACUUUAAUGGCCUCAACCUCCCUAGAAAUGGAGACUUUUCCCAGGAACUGUCCUGCAUUGAUGACCUCUCCACAAACUCUCUGUUCUCCUCUCCGGCUGACUCACUGUCGGAGUAUGCUGAUGCCCAGCCCUUCAUCAGCCCAGACAACCUGAGCACAGUGCCCACCCUCUGGGACGUCAACACUAGUACCACCACCACACCAGCACAGAGCCAGCUAGAGCUGAAUGGCACCAACAGGUUUCAUGGCUUGGCCAGUUUGGAUGAUAUAACUGCUAUUAUCAGCACCCCACCUUUAGGAGGAUUCCAGCCUCAGAGAACCCAGUCACCCCCAGAGGAGGAAGAGGAUGCUGAGGAAGAGGAAACAGAGGAACUGGGACAUGUAGACACAUAUGCUGAGUACAGACCUUCCAAAUCCACUAUAGGAAUUUCUCAUCCUGACAUAGUGGUGGAGACCAACACGCUAUCCAGUGUCCCUCCUCCUGACAUCACAUACACUCUGUCUAUCCCUGAGUCAACUAUUAAAUGCGGUCUGCUGUCUGCUCUGCAGCUAGAGGCCAUCAUCUAUGCCUGCCAGCAACACGAGGUUAUUCUUCAAAACAACCAGAGGGCAGGCUUCCUGAUCGGAGAUGGGGCAGGGGUCGGAAAAGGACGCACUGUGGCAGGAAUCAUCCUGGAGAACUACCUUAAAGGAAGGAAGAAAGCACUAUGGUUCAGCAUAUCCAAUGACCUGAAAUUCGAUGCAGAGAGAGAUCUCAAAGACAUAGAUGCACCGACUAUUCCUGUGCAUGCCUUAAACAAGAUUAAGUAUGGAGACACAGCUACCUCAGAAGGAGUCCUGUUUGCAACUUACUCUGCGCUGAUUGGAGAGAGCCAGGCAGGAGGGCAGCACCGGACGAGAAUAAAACAGAUUCUAGACUGGUGCAAGCCAGACUUUGACGGAGUUAUCAUUUUUGAUGAAUGCCACAAAGCCAAGAAUGCCACAUCUACAAAGAUGGGUAAGGCAGUGCUUGACCUGCAAAACAAGCUGCCACGGGCCAGAGUGGUGUACGCCAGUGCCACAGGUGCCUCUGAGCCAAAGAACAUGAUCUAUAUGAGCCGCCUGGGAAUCUGGGGUGAAGGCACGCCCUUCAGAGCCUUUGAUGACUUCCUGCAUGCCAUUGAGAAAAGAGGUGUGGGUGCCAUGGAGAUUGUUGCCAUGGACAUGAAAGUGAGCGGGAUGUACAUCGCCAGGCAGCUGAGCUUCUCAGGGGUGUCUUUCCGCAUUGAAGAGAUCGGACUGGACAGUGACUUCAAACUGGUUUAUAACAAAGCUGCCAAACUGUGGGCAGAGGCGUUGCAGGUGUUCAUGCGUGCAGCUGAUGAGCUGGGCCUGGUCAGCAGGAAGUCUCUAUGGGGGCAGUUCUGGUCAUCUCACCAGCGCUUCUUCAAAUACCUCUGUAUCGCUGCCAAGGUCCGCUGCCUGGUGGAGCUGGCUCAGAAAGAGCUGCAGGCUGGAAAGUGCAUCGUUAUCGGGCUGCAGUCUACAGGUGAAUCCCGCACCAGAGAAGUCCUGGAUGAAAAUGACGGGCAUCUCGACAGAUUUGUCUCUGCAGCAGAGGGAGUAUUCCAGUCUCUUGUAACGAAACAUUUCCCUUCAGAGAAACAGAGGAGGGAGAAGGCACCAGGGAAUAAGAGAAAACGGAAGCCUAGAGGUCGCCAUACCAAGGUACCCAAGCACACCGUGGACAGCGGCGGUGUGAUCAACAUCAGCGACGACAGCAGUAGUGACUCCGAUGGCAUGGACACGGACUCCAACUCCUCACCAGACUCCCUGCUAGACAAUGAUGAUGUCAUCUUUGUUAACCACACUAGCUGUCAGACAGCCAGGAUAGAGGAGAUGAAGCAGGGCCUCCUCAAUAAAAUAUCCGAGCUGGGAAAAGAACUACCUCUCAAUACCUUGGACGAGCUCAUUGAUAAGUUCGGAGGACCAGAUAAAGUCUCAGAGAUGACUGGUCGUAAGGGUCGUGUGGUGCGGCGUCCCGAUGGCAGCGUCCGUUACGAGUCACGGGCUGAGCAGGGUCUCACCAUCGACCACAUCAACAUCAAGGAGAAGGAUCGCUUCAUGAGUGGAGAGAAGCAUGUGGCCAUCAUCUCAGAGGCAGCCAGCUCUGGGAUUUCCCUGCAGGCGGACAAGCGAGUGAAAAACCAGAGGCGCAGGGUCCACAUGACCUUGGAGCUGCCUUGGAGUGCAGACAGGGCCAUUCAGCAAUUUGGUCGCACCCAUCGGUCCAAUCAGGUGACGGCCCCAGAGUACAUCUUCCUCAUCUCAGAGUUGGCUGGGGAGAGACGGUUUGCCUCCAUUGUGGCUAAGAGACUCGAGAGUCUGGGUGCGUUAACUCACGGAGACAGAAGAGCCACAGAAUCCAGAGACCUGAGCAAGUACAACUUUGAGAACAAGUAUGGUACCAAGGCUCUGGAUAAAAUCACCAAAGCAAUCCUUGGCCACAUAGAGAACAAGGUGCCCCCUCCCAAAGGCUACCCCGGGGGUGAGGCCAUGUUCUUCAGAGACAUGAAACUUGGAAUGAUGGAUGUGGGCAUCUUUUGUAGGGAGCCUCGCUUUGGGAUCAGUACUGAGAAAGACUGCAGCAUCACCAAGUUCUUGAAUCGCAUCCUGGGCCUGGAGGUCCACAAGCAGAACUAUCUCUUCCAGUACUUCACUGACAACUUUGACUACCUAAUCGAGAAGGAUAAGAAGGAGGGCAAAUAUGACAUGGGAAUCCUAGACCUUGCCCCAGGUAACGAUGAGAUCUAUGAGGAGAAGCAGGAAACUUUCCUGACAGUUGGAAACCCUCAGGAUGGACAGGUUGUUCUCUAUAAGAUCAGUGUGGACAGAGGCAUGCCCUGGGACGAGGCCUACAACAGGUCACUGAAGCUCAGCGGUCCUGAGGAGGGAUUCUACCUGUCCCUGAAGCUGCGAGGUAACCACCCAUGUGUGCUGCUAGCCGAGCAAGGAAGAGGCAAGAACUUCAUCGUCUACAAGCCGAAUAUUGGCAAGCAGACCCACCCCGAGAGUCUGGACAACUUGCAUCAACGUUACCGAAAGGUGACUCCAGAGGAAGCCAGAGACAGCUGGGAGAACCAGUUCACCUUCUCCUUCAAGAAGUGUAGCCAUGCCAACUGGAAUGGGAAGUGUAAGAAAAUAGAGGAAGGUCAGGAGUGUCUGCAGGGCAUGCGCCUCCGUCAGUACCACAUGUUGUGUGGAGCUCUGCUGCGUGUGUGGAAGCGUGUUUCCGAUGUGGUGUCUGACAUCACCAGCUCCAGCAUCCUGCAGAUCGUCCGCCUUAAAACCAAACAGCAUAACAAGCAAGUUGGCAUCAAGAUCCCAGAGAACUGCGUGGCCCGUGUGCGGGAGGAGCUGUUGCUAAUGGACGAGGAGGUAAAGAGGAGACGGAAGGAGAGGGAGCAGCAGGCCGUGGAGCAGCGGCUAGCCGAGGAGCGCAUGCGCAAAAUGGAGCAGGAGAACAAACACCUCCUAGAGAAUCUGUUCAACCCUAAACCCAUGCUCACCCAGUCCCUGGCUCAGUCUCUGGCCCAGAGUCAGAUCUUCAAACAGAAACUGAACCAAAACGCUCUGCAAAGGACACAAACUGGGGCCGUCUCUCAGCUGCAGAGACUGCAAGCCCAGUCCGCUUUACAGCCGCCCUCCCAGAAUCGACCCCUGUCGUCCUUACAGAGAAACCCCACUCAAACGCAGCAAAGGACCCUUAACAGCUGGAGCAACAAUUCCACCCCCGCCAACCAGGGCGCCGUCCCCAACACGGUUAACAUCCGCUCCAAUUACUCCCAGUUUUACCCCCAGUCCUUUUUGUCCGCUUUCCCACAGCUGAAGAGCCCGUCACUUCCACUCCAUCAGACCACACUGUCUCCCAACUUGUCUUCCAAGAAUCCCCUGGACGAGAUCUUGGACCUGACUGUGAGCUCACCGUCGCCCUCGCCGGACACCACGGAGGGCGGACUGAAUCUGGACAGUCUGGCGGGACACUCUGCAGCGUUCGGAGAUGACUUUAAUCUGGAGUCUCUGAUCUCUCAGACUGCACCGAGUGCCCAAAUACAGCAGCCUCUUUUGCUACAGCAGCAGCAGCAGAACCACAACCUGCUCGCCAAUAACCACCAAGACUUAUUAGAUUUACUUGACUUGCCCCUGUCUCCACAGAUGCCCACACAGAAAGCCAGCCCUUCAUCCUCUACCUCCUCCUGCUCUUCCUCCGCGUCAUCCGCCUCAAACAACCUGGUUUCACACACCGGCCUCCUGCCUGCAUCUGCCCUCAUCCCGACAUCCUCCUCCUCCUCUCUCUUCUCCAGCCCGUCCUCAUCCUCCUCUUUGUUUUCCAACUCCUCCCCUCACUUCUCUUCCAACUAUCUCCUCCCCCAGCCAGACUCUCUAUCCCUACCCAACGGCCACUCCGGCGCUCUUGACGUUCGCGAGGCUCUGAACAGCAUGCUGCAGGGGCCGGACCGCAAGUCUGUCAUUAAGUACCGGCCGCAAGAGUAAGAGCUUAAACAGCGACGGCUCGUCUGGACUUUUCUUUAAGUUUUUUUUUUUUUUUUUUUCGUCUUUUAAAGCAGAUUGUGUCUUGUUUGCUGCUGUCUUACGAUCGCACCCUCGGACCUACUCCCUCUCCCCUCAGGGCCUAUAGUCACGUCACUGCCUGUCCUGCACUCGGCUCACCCUUCUCUUUAUCCACCUGUAGCAUUCACCUGCUUGAGGCUGUGUUAGCGGGCUCCGUCAAUAUCAGAUUUCUGCACCAAAGUGUGUCCUCCACAACCAACGGCAGCUGUAAAAACAAAACAACAACACAAAAAACAAGAAGUGAAAAAACAAACUGUAUUUUAUUGAACAUAUGAGCUGUCAAAACAAAAGCUCACUCAUCAAGGUGUGGAAAUCUAACGAACCUCCCGCUGCUGAUUUUACGAGGUAUGAUUGGUGAAGUUGCUGGAAGCUCUAAAUGCCUUUCACCAGUUGAAACCGCAUCUUUUAGACUUUGCUUUACUGUUACUCCGCUUCAUGGCCGUUUGUCUUGACUAAAACAAGGCUGUAUGCAAGGCUUGGUUUGAGUGAAACAAAAGAUCGCAUCGAACUGGAAGAUGAGAAAAACAACAGAUGAAAUCUUUUUAGCUGAUUAGCCAUGAAAUGCCUCAUUUAUUUUUUUUCUUCUGCGCGCUCCCUCUUGUUUCUCUCCCGGUUUGUAUGAACACUAGUGUGAGGAAAAAGGGAGAGGAAGAGCAGUCUGCUGUUGCAAACAGUGCCUUUGGAGAAAUCUUUCAAUGCAGUGUUUAAAAAAUCUGUGUAGCCUAAUGUAUAGAUUUGUACUCUUGAGCGUUGGUUUUCAUUUUAAUUUAAAUAUGGUAUAUUUGUAUUUAACUUUUAGCCCCUUUAGUCAGUCAGUCAGUCAGUCAGUCAGUCAGUCAGUCGUCGUUUGUGUUACACUAUGCUGGUGGUUGGUUUCAGGAAGAAGCCUCCAUUAAGCCUGUAUGUGCUCGUAUGAUUGUCUGUGUAGCUGCUCCCAAAACAAGAGUGGUGUCCCUUUUUUUUUCUGUGUCUGUCUGUCCCUGCCUGUUGAUGCGACAAUGUGCUACAUGGUCAGCAUGGCACAGAUUAUCAAGCAGUGCGGAUAAAAAAAAAAAUUGUGUCCAAAAAAAAUUCUCACCCUUUUUUUUUUUUUUUUUUUUUGGUAAGCAUUUAGUGAUGUGACUCCUGGUUUUAUCUGAUUUUGAAUUUCUCAGGAAAGUCUCGAGUGCUUUGUUGUUGGUUUUUUUUGUGUCAUUUUGACCAACAAACGUAUGGAAAUUAGUUUUUAAGUUUCAGUGGAUGACGAAGAAUUUCAAGUUUUUAUCGCCGUGAGGUCUGAAAAGAAAAAGGACGCAGAUGUCUCAUUAAAGGUCCAGCGUGCAAGAUUUAGCAGUGAAAUGAAACAAAAACACAACUCUUAUGGUCAGGUGAUUAUAAAAGAAUGAAAACACAGAUAUGAAUAUUACAGACGUCCCGAAAUCCCUCACGAUGGACCUUUAAAUUUGUUUCCAUUUCAGACGUAAAAACACUUGAAACGUGCGAACGUGUGAUGUUCACUGUGUAUGAUAUUUAAAAACCUGUGAGAUCCGGUCAUCUUUGUGUGAAAACGAUGCACUGUAGUGAGUUCGUGACAAAAUCUCGGUUUCAAGUGAUCUAGAAGCAAUAAAACCAUAUUCUACACUUGUUGUGAAACAGAAAAUGCCUACGUACUGUUUACGCUCAACAGGCAAAGCUUUGUCGUUACCUUUGCAUGGUAUGAAUCUUCUUAUUUCUGUCUGUGCUUCAUAGUCUUUAGUUAAACAAGAUACAACAAUGCAUACAACCUUUGUAUAGUAAGUUUUCACGGGACGAGCGCAAUGCGUUCUUGAUGUUUUAGUCAUCGUUAUUAUAAAAGUUAUUGUUAUUUAUAUUUAAGGGAUAUUUAGAUUUUAGAUAUGUUAUCCUGCUUAUUAGAGUAGUCGACGAAAUGUUUGGUCAGGGAAGUUUCUAGUUUUCAAGAUUACUAUAAGACAAAUUCUAUUAUAACCUGCCACCAAAUAAGAUUGCACUGUUCUGUACUGCUGUACAGCGUCUGGAUUUAUUUCUGCUCAUUUCAGUUUGUUUCUCAAAUAAAAAUCGUUUCUCUGACUCGUAGACCUUUUGUCAGGCCUCCAGUUCGCAGAGAGAUACCAAAGUAUUCCACGGGCACCCCUAAAGUUACUGGCUCUAAGAUAUCAGAUCUUUUUAUCAAUCUCAGGAAGAAACCUACAAGAGGUGUAACGGCGGGGCGUUAGCAGAAAUAUAUCAUUUCUCCUUCUAACAGUGGUGAAACUAACCAGUACAUGUGCUAUUUUGUUCUUAACUGUGCUGUGACUCUUGCUGUAUUUAUGUUUUAGACUUAAUGUGAUGGGUUUAUUGUUUGUCCUUGUGAACAUGUCGGUGAUUCGUAAUGUUUAUGCCUUCUUAGGGCAAAGAUCAAAGGCUGUUUCUUUUUUAAGGAACAUUAUUUUUUUCUGUUUUCAGUUGUGUUCAUUCAUGUUAAAGCUGACAGAUGUUUCGAGUCGAUUCGCACCUGAGUUAUACUUCUAUGUGCAAUGCAUCUGUCCAAGCCCGCCCCUCCCUCAGUGUAACACAUGUUCUAGUUUAGACACAAAGUAUCUCCGAUUCUUGUACACGCUUCUUUUAUUUUUAUUUGCAGCUUCUUAGUAUAGCUUGUUUUCUGGUACAAUCAUUAAUUUUGCUUUGAAUAUUCCUCAUCGGGCACAUUCCCAGACACCAGUCUGCAAAAGAUUUGCCUUCGAUUUUGUUUUAUAGUCAAACAAAUAAAGCUUUAUGCAUUUGAGGGAUAUGGACCGCAUUUCUAGGAAGAAAAAGCUUUUUGUUUUAAUUUGUAGUCAUAGUGUAGUUAGGCCUUUUAUCGUUUUAUUAUUAUCAUUUUGCACUAAGAAUGGCAUAAUCAAGUUACUGUUCUGUCGUUGGUUAUGAUUGAGCGUUGCAAGCCUGUUGUUUUCUCGGAUCUUUAAUGGAUAGCUCUGUGUAUACUGUAACCAUCUUUUUUUUUUUUGUUUCUCCACCGUUUGCAUAUUACAUACAUGUUAUCACUCUCAACAUAAUUUAUUGCUAACAGAAAAAAAACAAAAAACAUGCUACUGAUUGUAUGUAUUUUUAAACAAAGCAUAUUUUUUCUCUAAAAAAAAAAAAAAGAAACUGUGUUCAGCACUUUUAUUCUGGGUUGUGCUUUUGUUUUCUAUAUAUUUAUAAUUUAGAUCCAAAUGUAUAUAUUGUAAAAUUUGUGCCUUUCGACUAAUUCUUUAAAAAGGUUUUCUACUCAUUAAAGGAAGGACUAUAUGAAAUUGCAAUCUUAACUUUGUAAACAAAUAAAAACUUGAAGAUUGCUGAAA